AUGGCUGAGAGUGUGAGAGAAUCAAUAAAAGAACAAAUCUCUAUGUUUGAUGAGAAAAUGAUAAGUGCUCAAAGGGCUGCAAGGAGUGAAAACUGGAGGGAAUUCAAGAAAAUCUUUAAAGUUGACAGGAUGCGGUUACUUGAUCCCCUUGACUUGUUUGGAAACACUGCCAUCCACAUUGCAACUCACUCUGAUAAUCCAAAUCUCUUGCAGGAACUUCUGGAGUUGCUUCCUCGACAAGAAAGGUGGCGCGUGAUGAGGAUGGGGAAUUGUGUGAAUAACACUCUUCUGCAUGAGAUAGUCUUUUGCACAACGGUUGACAUGGCUGGUGUUGUGUUCAAGUUGGAGAAGGAGCUGCAGCAAGAAGUAGAAUCAUAUGAUCCCCUUGUAGAAGUAAGAAAUGACUCUGGUGAAUCCCCUUUGUUCAGGGCUGCUAAGCUUGGAAAGCUGAAGAUGCUUAAAUAUAUGGCAAAUCAUGUGGUUGGUGACAUAAGAAGUCAUUUUGUAAGAUUUGAUAGAUGUUCCAUUCUUCAUGCUUGCAUUCUUGGUCAAUUCUUUGAUGUUGCUAUUUGGUUAUUGAAAUUGGAUGGAAAUUUGGCUCAACACAAGGAUAUGGAUGGGUUGACAUGUCUUCAACUUCUUGCCAACAUGCCUCUUGUUUUUCGGAGCCAAACCCGGUCCUCAAUGGGAGCAGUGAAGAACCUUGUAUAUUAUUUGCUUCCAGAUGAAGGAUAUGAAAUUGAUGAUGAUUAUGAUGAGAAGGGGGAGGAGGAGGAAGAGAGUGUUGUGUUCAGAUUGAGAACAGAUUUAGAAAGUGGUCCACUGGACAAGGCAAAGCAACCUGUUCACCAAUUUGCAGCUUUUUCAAGGAUCAAUUAUGCUAUUUGGAAAAUUCUUGCUGAAGGCAUCUGA